AAACAGCAGCUUCCACCUUCCCCCCAGAGCGGUUUUCUCUGGUCUUCGGCGGUUUUUGUCCUCCUAGAGAGAGAGAGAGAGAGAGAGAGAGACUCUUAGAUUACAUAGAGCUCUAUCUAAAAUAUAUUGGGUUGGUUUUUCAUUAAAAGUCAUAAGGUUUUGGGAGAGAGAGCAAAGAAGCUUUGUCUUUUGCUUCUCAGUAAUAAAUUCAAUGCAUUCUAUUCUUCUUUAUAAGUUAUCAUUAUUAAACUCUUUCGAUCAAAACCGACUCUUUCUCUUUCGUUCUCUUCCUCUUUGACGAUGAAGAUAAGGAAAUGAUCGCCAUAGGUGAAAAUAGAAAGUUGUUUUGGCUUUGAUGGAGUUACCAAGAGCUCCUGAAGCAGAGAAGAAAGCUUAUUGGGGUCCUCUCAUGGCUGAUAAUAAAGGCAACCACAACAACUACCAAAGACAAUUGCAACACCAACAACUACAACAAGGAUACCAGCAGCAGCAGCAGCAGCAACAACAACAACAACAACACCUGCAACACCAAAUUUCUUAUGGGAUGAUGCAAUCAUCAUCAUCUUCCAUCACCGGAAAUUUCAUAAGCAAAGAUACAGCAACUUAUGACUUGGGUGAAUUAGAUCAAGCCCUAUUUCUCUAUCUUGAAGGACAAGAUCAACAACACUCAUCAUCUCAAGAACAAAGACAGAACUCAGGGUUCAGACCUCCAACUCUGAACAUUUUCCCUUCUCAGCCUAUGCAUGUAGAGCCAUCUACAAAGGGAAGUAGUGCCGUUUCAGCUUCGCCAACAAGCAGUGGUUCAAAGAGGUCACCAGAGCCAUCCAUGGAGUUGGCCAACCAAAGAACUGACCAUGCCCCUUCUGGGCCUGAACCAGCAAAGACGGUCAAGCAGCGUGAAGGAAAUCGUAAGGGACCAAAAUCUACUUCAGAGCAUGAAGGGCCCAAAACACCAGACCCUAAGACCCUUAGAAGGCUUGCUCAGAAUAGAGAAGCAGCUCGAAAAAGCAGGCUAAGGAAAAAGGCCUAUGUACAACAGCUGGAGUCAAGUAGGAUUAAGCUCACUCAUCUUGAACAAGAGCUCCAAAGGGCUAAAUCUCAAGGUAUAUUCUUCGGAGGAGGAGCCCUUCUAGGGGACCAAGGUCUCUCCUCAGGCAUUAGCAACAUCAGCUCAGAUGCCGCAGUUUUUGACAUGGAGUAUGCAAGGUGGCUCGAUGAACACCACCGGCUCAUGUGCGAGCUCCGAGCUGCGGUGCAAGGACACCUGCCCGAGAACGAGUUACGGCUAUAUGUGGACAAUUGCCUUGCACACUAUGAUGAAAUGAUGAAUCUCAAGAGCAUGAUCCUGAAAUCAGAUGUGUUUCAUAUUGUCUCCGGCAUGUGGAAGACACCCGCAGAGCGGUGUUUCCUGUGGAUGGGCGGAUUCCGGCCAUCAGAGCUUAUCAAGAUUAUUCUGAAUCAUAUCGAGCCAUUGACGGAGCAUCAGAUCUUGGGGAUAUGUGGGCUACAGCAGUCGACACAGGAAGCUGAGGAGGCUCUGACGCAAGGGCUUGAAGCCCUUCACCAGUCUCUUUCUGACACCAUUGCUUCAGAUGCUCUAAGUAGCCCUUCUAACAUGGCCAACUAUAUGGGCCAGAUGGCCAUGGCCAUGAACAAGCUCUCCACCCUCGAAGGUUUCGUGAGACAGGCGGAUAAUUUGAGGCAGCAGACACUGCACCGGAUACACCAGAUCUUGACGACCCGACAAGCUGCGAGGUGCUACGUCGCCAUCGCUGAGUACUUCCAUCGCCUCCGAGCUCUCAGUUCUCUGUGGUUGUCUCGACCACGCCAAGAAUAAUAUAGUGACUAUGAUAUUCUCCUCAUUUUCUUCUAUCUUCUAAGUUCAAUAUUAAGGGAUCGUUCUUCAAAGAUCCAUUUUGACUCUUCUAUAUAGAGAAAUGUAUAGAUAGAUUAGAUUAGAAAGAACGUUAGUAGAUAGAAUACAAGUAUUUUACAUAUGGGAAUUGAAGAAGGGCUAAAAGAUCUCUCUCUCUCUCUCUCUCUCUCUCUCUCUCUCUCUUGCUCUGUGUUUUCCAACUUGGAUCAAAGAAAUUAAGAGAAAGUUGAUGAUUUGGCAGCCAUUUCUGACAAAGGAAUGAGGAAGAGAGAGGAAGGGAGAAGUUGAAAAGGCAAAAAUGAAUAUGUAAGGGGGAGCAACCAUGCAUGGAAGGAAAAAACUAAAGAAGAAGAAGAACAUGGAACUGAAGAAAAAAACGGAUCGAGGAGAGAAGGGUUACAGGUUUAUUAUAAUUUUCUUGUAAGUCUGAACCCUGAAGAAGAGGGUAUUUCUUUGGGUGGAGGGCUACAAAGGAAGGGACGAGUGUGCCUAGUCAAACAUCCAUGUGGCUUUCUAACGACUGCAGCAUGCAUGCAAGCACGCACGCACGCACGCACGCACGCACGCAUUUCUAUAUGUGGACCUUUUUGGUGAAUGUGACUGAGAUCUCUUUUACAUUGCUCUCACACAUUAGGGUUAUUCUUAGGGCAAGAUUUCUCUGUCCGGGGAAUCGGCCCUGCAUCAAUAUGGGAUCAAUGGGAAUAUUGGAAGAAAUAUCAAUAGGGUAGGAAUUUCUGCUUUUUAUGAGGUGGGAUGAUUAUUUUACUUUCCUCUAUGUCUAGGUGUAAUAGAUAUACUCUCGGACAAACUCGUUUUUUCAUUAUUGUAGUUGCUUGUUACACUUCUCAAAUUUGUAUCAAACAUGACAUUGGAACUUUGAGAGUUUGAGGAACA